CGAGACUGCAUUAUCCAAAGAGGGUGACAGAGCCCGAGUUUCUACUCGUCAAUCGAGUCUGAGCUUGGGGCUAUCAGAUCUAUUGAUACGCUUGUAUGUACAUGUGCUCGGAAAUGAGUUUAUACAUCGUGGAGAAAGCAUGUGCUUCAUGUGGAAGCACUCAGCCAGGGUGGAGACGAGAAGUAUAUAAAGUGAUACUCGGACGACUCCAUUUCGCCUCAAUCAUCCUCUGGCGCCCUGGGAACGAGUGAAUUCUAGCCUCCUAACGUUGUAUCAUCUCUUUUCUACCGGCGUACAAGAUGCGGUCCCUUUCCCUUUUCACAGCCCUCUUGGCAGGCCAUGCCUUUGCAUACCCAAAGCCCGUUCUCCAGUCCUCUACUCGGCGAGACUGGCCCACUAUCAACGAGUUCCUCACUGAGCUGGCAGAGAUUAUGCCCAUUGGAGAUACCGUCUCAGCAGCUUGUGGUCUGAUCGGAGAUGCUGAGGAUGUUGCUGCCGACCUCUUUGACAUCUCCAACACAGAAAACGAUGCCUGUGGUGAUGUGACUGUCUUGUUCGCUCGAGGUACUUGCGAUCCUGGAAACGUCGGAGUCCUCGUUGGGCCCUGGUUCUUCAAUUCGCUCGAAACCGCACUCCCAAACAAAAGAGUCGGCGUCAAGGGAGUUCCGUAUCCUGCAAGCGUCCAGGGCUUUUUGUCGGGAUCGGUGCAGCCAGGAAUUGACAUGGCCAACCAGAUCAAAUCCGUCAUCAGCAGCUGCCCCAACACCAAGCUCGUGCUCGGUGGCUACUCUCAAGGUAGCAUGGUCGUACACAACGCAGCAAGCAACCUAGAUGCUGCGACAAUGGCGAAAGUCAGCGCCGUGGUUCUCUUUGGUGACCCAUACAAUGGCAGACCUGUUGCCAAUUACGACGCUUCAAAGGUUCUCGUUGUCUGCCACGACGGAGACAACAUUUGCCAGGGCGGAGAUUUCAUCUUGCUGCCUCAUUUGACGUAUGCCGAAGACGCGGAUACAGCAGCUGCUUUUGUUAAGCCACUUGUUUCCUGAAGCGUUUAUUCCGUGUGGCGUGUUUAUAAGGGACGACAGGAGAGUAUGAAAAAAUGGAAAAGGGAGUCAUAAAAGUCAUCUGGGAAUGUAUAUAGCCGAAUCAUGAUGAUACUGUACAUAAGCACGCGUUUUACGAUUUUGUAUUUACUGUUGGAUAGCAAUGAUGGGAACAUCGAAUAGCGCAAUGUUACUAACAAUUGCCGUCUUGAGUGUCUCAUUUUGG